GUGCAUGUGAUUGUGUGUUUGUAGGCGAUUCAGAUGACGCUGCUCCUGUGGGAUCUUCUCUUCUCUCGUCUACUCCUCCUGCACAGAUCUCCCCAUUACUGAAAGAAGCAUCUCCAACGCCUCCUUCUUCUCCCUCUGUACACAUGUCCAGUUCUCCUGGAGGAGGUCAGGGGGAGCUGAUGGGUCUUCAGGUUGAUUACUGGAUUGCUCUUUCAGAGAGGAAGAAAGACGUGGAGAAGAGAGACUCCAAAAACACGCUCAAGGGCACCUUCCGUUCACUGCAGGUUAGCCGCCUCCCACUGGGCGGAGCAGAGACGACACAUCAGCCAACCAUGUCCAUGACUGUUGUCACCAAAGAGAAGAAUAAGAAGGUGAUGUUUCUGCCUAAAAAGACCAAGGAUAAGGAGGCAGAGUCUAAGAGUCAGGUGAUAGAGGGCAUAAGUCGACUCAUCUGCACAGCCAAACACCAGCAGACCAUGCUGAAAGUGUUGAUAGACGGAGUUGAAUGGAACGAUGUGAAGUUUUUCCAGCUUGCGGCUCAGUGGUCAUCUCAUGUCAAACACUUCCCACUUGCCAUCUUCGGACCCUCCAAAGGGCCUUACUGAACUACAGCCUCAUAUCUUCACUCCUCUACGCUACGGCUGCCUUUACACUCAGUGCUGCCUCAUGUUUUUAUUUAAAAUUUCUGCUUUCUCACGGUUUGUGUCUGUGCUAUUUUUGUUUUUAUUUUGUUGACAUUUGAUUGUUCUUUUAUGAAAGACUUGAUGCAGUCUUGGCAAC